AUGGCCUCCCUACCACCCCUCGAACCAAACUACGCCACAGCCCUACAACUGAUUGACGAAGCGCACGCCACAGACCCGCGCACCGUCCCCAGCGCCAACCCCGACGACGACACCCCCAUCCCCUUCGAGCUCGACUACGCCCGCAAAAUGACGCGUUGGCUCGCCGUGCGGGAACCCAAUGCCUCACCCGCCUUGCAACUCGCCUGCCGCGCCCAGCACUUCCGCCGCUGGGAACUCCCGCGCACCUCCUACCCGCCCACGCGGCCCGGCUACCUCACCUGGCGGGCGAAACAAAAGUCCCAAGCCGCCGCGCAACUCACCACGCUCCUCACCACCUCCCCCACCAUCCACCCGCCCCUCCCGGAAUCCAGCAUCGACCGCAUCGCCGCCCUCGUCCGCAAAGACGGCCUCUCCGGCGGCGCCAACGCCAACGCCAACGAGGAGACGCAGGUCCUGGAGGACGUGGCCUGCCUGGUGUUCCUGGACGGGCAGCUGGAGGGGUUUGAGCGCGAGAGCGGGGUGGAGGAGGCGAAGCUGGUGGGGAUUUUGCGGAAGACGUGGGGGAAGAUGAGUGAGAGGGGGAAGGAGCUGGCGUUGGGGAUGGAGUUGGGGGAGAGGGCGAGGGUGUUGGUGGGGAAGGCGUUGGUUGGGGAGGGGGAGGGGGAGAGUUGA